GAAGGUCAAAAGUGUCAUCUUUUUGAGAGAUUCGUAUCGUGGGAUAUGAAGAAGAAUGUGAAAUUUUCUAGUUGUAUCAAACCUAACAAUUUUUCAAGCAUAUACUUUCUUUACAAUGAAGCGUUUUUUUCAUUCAUGUUAAUUAAAUUCAAACUGAAACUCAGUUAUACUAAAAAUAUAAAAAAGGUCUUCAGCACACAAUGAUAUCAAGAAAUGAAAUGACCCUCAAUAUUUCAUUGAGUUAUUUUAAUUAUCAUGAAGAUUAUUCAUAAGAAGAAGAGUUAAAAAUUAACCAACAUUGAUGUGUUAUGAGGGCAUGUGCCAAAUUGUCAACAAAAAUAUUAAAUUCGUAUUUAAUGGUGAUGACGAUAAGAUGAAAUCUUUAUUUAUCAGCAAAUAAAUAAAAAAUUUCAUUCGAUUCUGCACACUUUCAGAUGUUAAAUUCAGUUUAAAAAUAAUCGCUCACUUGCUUUUGCUUUGUCAGUGAAAUGUAAAAAAAUGUUGAAAUUGUCAUUCAUAACCGAACUUAAUCUAGUAACAGCAAAAUCAGGUUUAUCAACUUUGUCUUUCUCACUUGCUUAGUGUUUCUUCAGAGCUUUAACAUGACACAUCGAAAAAUGAGUUUUUCCAAGGGUCUUUUAGGUCUUUUGAUUGUUGUCAGCAUCUUCGAUACUUUCAACACAUUGGAUUUGGAUGGAAUCAGUUGUAAAUCUUUAACAAGCUUGUUGAAAAUCGGCGUCAACGACAUCUAUUUGCCACAUGAAGAUGAAUGUGAUCAAUUUUAUCGAUGUAGUUCCGGUGGUGCUACGCUACAUCCCUGCGGAGUUGGAACUGUUUUCUCUUUAAAAGAUAAAGAUUGCCGUGACGAUGUAGAAUGUGUCCUUCUUGAUGAAUUUUUGGAAGAAAAAGAUCUUUACUUGGAUGAUUUUUAUGAUGAAGAAAAGAAAAUGCGAAAAGUGGAAUCACUCGACCUUGAAGGAAUCAACUGUAAAGCUUUAUCAAAGCUUUUAAAUAUCAAAAUCAACGACCUUUAUUUACCCCAUGACUCAGAAUGUGAUUACUUUUAUCGUUGUGGAGCUGGCGGUGCCGCUUUACAACCUUGUGGAAUUGGAACAAUAUUUUCCUAUCGAAAUAAAGAUUGUAGAAGACCAGAAGAGACAAAAUGUAUCAGCUUGGAAGCAUUUUUAAAAAAGAAAAAUAUCACUUUAGAAGACUUUUACGAUCCAUCUUUUUAAAGAAGAAAAUUGAUGUCGUUCUAAUUAUGAGUGAAUAAAAUUAUUAUUAUUUAUACAACUUAACA